GGUCGGUCGAUACGCGUUCCGGUCCAUUGUUGUUGUUUCUGUACAAUAAUAGCCGCGCGUGGCGUCCGGACCGCGUCAGUCGUAGAUAUGUAGUUGUGCGGUACGGUGGAGGUCCAAAAGCGGGAUCUUUCGUGUUCGAUGCGCACAUGGCAACAAGGAUCGCGAGCCAUCCUUGAGCAGCUGCCCCGCCAACACGAUAAUCGAGUGUUGAGCAGUAACGACGACGGCACUAUCUAUCUAAUCUCACCCUUAAGGUGGUAAACAUGACUGGAAUAUCGAGUUUUUGCGAUAUCCUCAACGUGAAAGUCGUAGGAGAUCCUGACUGGAGACAGCGUUUCGUGGUCCUCAGCAACAGUACUCUAUGGAUAUAUGGAGACGAUCAGGAUCCACGAAGGACGAAAAUCCAUCCUGUAAGAGAUUUGGCGGCGUGCAGGAGGAUAUGCGACGGCAGUCACUUGGUGUUGCAUAUAAAAAACAUAGCAAAGUUGGACUGGUUCAAAGUGAAAUUCAACUCUGAAAAACAGCUAAACGCGUGGAAGAAGCGUUUGAGACAGGUGAAAGAAGCUUGGAACGAAGACACUUAUUUGCAGUAUCUUAAUCAAAAAUCUCAACUCAGAUGUCCAUACGAGCCAUUGACAAGAUUAAACCGACAGGUUCCCAGCACUAAGCUUUUGAAACCUCGGCUGCCGUUUUCCAGAAGUCGUUCUCUACAAGAGAUAAUAAGUUGGGAAAAAUUACCCAUGACGCUGACACAAGUGAAUAAAGAAAUGUUGUGCGAUAUGAGCGAUAUGGGAGCGAUUCUAGUCAGAGUGCGAAUAUCGAUUUUGGAAAACGAAAUGGCCUACAACAAAGAAAUGGACAAGAUGUUGGUGGCGUUCAAGAAACGAGCGCUGUGGCCGGAUUACUUUUUGAUGGACGACAAGUCGCUGAUUGAACAAACACUAUCCAAACUAAAGGAAAGCUCUGACACGUUGUUGCACGACGUCGAAGACAUGUGGCCCACGUGUUUUAUGGUUUUGGAGAGACUGGACGAUCUGGCCAACUUGCUUAUCGUGCACUUGAAGUCGGUCGCCCGCACGCGGAUGAUAACUUUUUGUCAUCUCCUCAGGGACUUUAGGCCGUUUCUGCGCAACAACCUAGAGAGCGUGGAUGACAUUUAUUCGGACGUAUACAGCGAACAUUUCUACAUGGAACGAGCGCUGUUGCCGAUUUUCCGGGUUUAUAAGCUCAAAGGCAUAUCCAAAAAGCUGGCCGUCAUGCUGUCCGCGUCCAACGACUCAAACAGCGAACGGUGGAACGAACUGUUCGAGCUGUGUCAGGAGACGUUAAAAGAAACGUACGCCGAGCUUUCGCGGUUGUUCGGCGACUAUUACUCGCUGAGCGUGUCCCAGUUGUUCGCGUUCAGCGACAAGCACGCGGCGUUCGAGCGCAACGGCAACAUGAGCCUCUUCGAGAAGUUCGAACUGGCCAAUGAGAUCAGCGAGAUCUGCGACUCGGUGGUGCCGCUCAUCAAGGUGGUGAUCGUGGAAGGCGGCAACCGCGGUGCGAACGGGUUGCACCGCCGGUGGUGCGACGAUGGCGGCGGCGAGGGGUCGCCGGCCCCGGUGCCCGCGGCUGCACCGGCCGUCAAACGGCGGGAGGAACCGCCGUCGCAAAGGAACCCCUUUGCCGCGUUCAUGGACUACGACAUCGACCGGGCCGGACGCAAAAAGAAGAAAUCCCGAGUGGCCAAGUGCAUCGAACUCCAGGUGUACUCCAGCUCGGUCAACUAUUUCCAGGAAACCGCCGAAUCCAGGGUGACCGGGAACCCGUGCGCUUUCGGCGGCGUAGCCUCGUUGCGCGCCCAGGCGGCCGCGUGAACAAACCACACACCUGCCCGCGAAGGUCAGGCAUCGCUGUAGCGCCGCAUCCAGUGGCCGUUGCCGCAGGACGUCUCUCCCGGCGGCAGCAUCCAGAAACAACACUGGCAGAGGAGCAUAUAUGCAUAUUAUUGGCUUAUAGAGAGGCAAUUUCUUCCACCGAUCUACAAUGAUUUCUUAUGAUAUAUAUAUAUAUAAUAUUAUAUAGUUCACUCGGCGACCCUUUUUGAGUAUAGUUUGGACGCCGUUAAUAAUAGUACGCACAAUAUAGCUGCAUAGUAUUUUUAUUUCCAAGCGAUUAGCCGAAAGCUAUAAUUAUUAUUGCAGUUAAAAAACACCUACAAAUGUUUUUAUCGUUCCGUUUGUUAAUAACUCGGCAAAGCGCAUGCCGCCAUUGUGUUUGUAAUUUUAUAAGUAAUGUGGAAAACACUCCCAUUAUUAUUAUUUUACACUAGUAUUGAUCGGCAUUCGGUCAUAGGUUCCCAAAUGAUAACACUUAUGGUUAUUACUGUCCCGCUCUACCACGCCCUUCGUGGUCCUUUUUUUUUUACCAGGUUAUAACCAAGUUAUACCAAUUUAAGAAUGGCUUACUUAAGAAUGGCUUGGAACCUAUGACCGCUUACCUUUUUGACCGAACAAUAUUCAUGUUGAAUUCAAGUGAACCUAGUGUUUUUGAAAUAAAUUGCAUUUGCUGUAAUUUUAUAUUUUAGUCGAAGCAAAUACCACUUGUAAAGCGUUUGUAAUGCAUUUUUUUUAUAUUUUGAUAGCCGUAAACGUAACAAUAUAAUAAUAUUAAUAUGUGUAAGACUUAUUUUUUUAAUAUAAAAUAUAGAUUAUUUUGUGCAAAUUUA